AUGCCAAGGUAAGAUUCCCAGUCCUUCUCUUCUCUUCCUUCCUCUCAGACUAGGUGGCGUGGAAGGUUGGGACUACAGUAUAUGGUACCAGCCUGCAGCUCCAACUGACUCUGAUUUACAGUUACUGUAGGUGCUGUCCAGAAAGCACACCAACACUUUUAAUCACUGAUCUGCUUCUUCUGCCUGUGUCCAAAUAAUACAACAAAUAUCUACCUUCUAAUCCUCUCACUACCUCUGAAGGCUCCAUAUAUGAAACAGGAAGUCUGGUGAUCAGUCAUUGCCCAAUAACGUAGCCAUUCAUUCAGCUAAUAAAUGGCCUGUUUGCUCUGUGGAGGUUAGCAUGACUCACGGAUGAUAAGGAAGUCUGUAUGUGCUGUGCUUGUGUUAUUUUCCCAGGAGUCUGGGUAAAGUGUGUGUGUGUGUUUCAGUGGCCUACCGCAGUUUGUACUGGAUAGUAGUGCUCUAUCAUUUGAAAAACAUCCAUUAUCAACAGAUAGAACUCACAGGUCUUAAUAUCACGGCUUAGGCUAAGACCCAGAUGCAGACACAGGAGGCAGAUAGUACGAGUCUCAGAGUUUAUUACUGAACAAGGGGCAGGCAAUCGGUAGGUCAAGGCAGGCAAAGAGUCGUAAUCCAAAUCAGAGUCAGGUAGGUACAGGACGGCAGGCAGGAUCAGGACAGGCAGAAAGGUCAGAACUGGGAAGACUAAGAAACACAAACUAGAGCACAGGAAACACGGGUACAGGCUGGUAGGACUUGACGGGACAAGUCGAACUGGCAACAGACAAACAGAAAACACAGGUAUAAAUACACAGGGGAUAAUGGGGGUAGAUGGGAGACAAGCACAAAGACAGGUGAAACAGAUCAGGGUGUGACACCUAAAUCCAUUAUCUUCACUUUUUUAAAGUUCUGUGCUUGUUCCAAGGUGACAUAAAAUUCUUAAAUUAUUAUCACAGUAUAAUUCUGAUAUAGUAUGGCCUGCACUCCUGAACCCUCUAAUACUUUCGAGAGAGAGGGAGAGAUACAGGAAAGGAUAGAUUUAAAGGAGGUUGUAUAAUGUGGAAUCCUGUUAUAGUACCGUAUUUAUGCUUAAAAUGUUACACAUUUGAAUGUACAGUCGUGGUCAAAAGUUUUGAGAAUGGCACAAGUAUUGGUCUUCACAAAGUUUGCUGCUUCAGUGUUUUUAGAUAUUUUUGUCAGAUGUUACUCUGGUAUACUGAAGUAUAAUUACAAGCAUUCCAUAAGUGUCAAAGAGUCAAUAUUUGCAGUGUUGACCCUUCUUUUUCAAUACCUCUGCAAUCCGCCCUGGCAUGCUGUCAAUUAACUUCUGGGCCACAUCCUGACUGAUGGCAGCCCAUUCUUGCAUAAUCAAUGCUUGGAGUUUGUCAGAAUUUGUGGGUUUUUGUUUGUCCAUCCGCCUCUUCAGGAUUCAAAUCAAAUCAAAUCAAAUGUUAUUGGCCACAUGCGCCGAAUACAACAGGUGCAGACAUUACAGUGAAAUGCUUACUUACAGCCCUUAACCAACAGUGCAUUUAUUUUUUAUAAAAAAGUAGAAUAAAGCAACAAAAAAGUGUUGAGAAAAAAAGAGCAGAAGUAAAAUAAAAUAACAGAAGGGAGGCUAUAUAUACAGGGCGGUACCGGUGCAGAGUCAAUGUGCGGGGGCACCGGCUAGUUGAGGUAGUUGAAUAAUAUGUACAUGUGGGUAGAGUUAAAGUGACUAUGCAUAAAUAAUUAACAGAAUAGCAGCAGCGUAAAAAGAUGGGGUGGGGGAUGGCAGUGCAAAUAGUCUGAGUAGCCAUGAUUAGAUAUUCAGGAGUCUUAUGGCUUAGGGGUAGAAGCUGUUGAGAAGUCUUUUGGACCUAGACUUGGCACUCCGGUACCGCUUGCCGUGCGGUAGCAGAGAGAACAGUCUAUGACUAGGGUGGCUGGAGUCUUUGACAAUUUUGAGGGCCUUCCUCUGACAAUGCCUGGUAUAGAGGUCCUGGAUGGCAGGAAGCUUGGCCCCAGUGAUGUACUGGGCCAUACGCACUACCCUCUGUAGUGCCUUGCGGUCGGAGGCCAAGCAGAUUGACCACAAGUUCUCAAUGCGAUUAAGGUCUGGGGAGUUUCCUGGCCGUGGACCCAAAAUGUCGAUGUUUUGUUCCCCAAGCCACUUAGUUAUCACUUUUGCCUUAUGGCAAGGUGCUCCAUCAUGCUGGAAAAGGCAUUGUUCGUCACCAAACUGUUCUUGGAUGGUUGGGAGAAGUUGCUCUCGGAGGAUGUGUUGGUACCAUUCUUUAUUCAUGGCUGUGUUCUUAGGCAAAAUUGUGAGUGAGCCCACUCCCUUGGCUGAGAAGCAACCCCACACAUGAAUGGUCUCAGGAUGCUUUACUGUUGGCAUGACACAGGACUGAUGGUAACGCUCACCUUGUCUUCUCCGGACAAGCUUUUUUCCGGAUGCCCCAAACAAUCGGAAAGGGGAUUCAUCAGAGAAAAUGACUUUACCCCAGUCCUCAGCAGUCCAAUCCCUGUACUUUUUUCAGAAUAUCAGUCUGUCCCUGAUGUUUUUCCUGGAGAGAAGUGGCUUCCUCGCUGCCCUUCUUGACACCAGGCCAUCCUCCAAAAGUCUUCGUCUCACUGUGCGUGCAGAUGUACUCACACUUGCCUGCUGCCAUUCCUGAGCAAGCUCUGCACUGGUGGUGCCCCGAUCCCGCAGCUGAAUCAACUUUAGGAGACGGUCCUGGCGCUUGCUGUACUUUCUUGGGCGCCCUGAAGCUCAUUCACAACAAUUAUUAAUUGAACCUCUCCUUGAAGUUCUUGAUGAUCCAAUUAAUGGUUGAUUUAGGCGCAAUCUUACUACCAGCAAUAUCCUUGCCUGUGAAGCCCUUUUUGUGCAAAGCAAUGAUAACGGUUUCUUUGCAGGUAUCCAUGGUUAACAGAGGAAGAACAAUGAUUUCAAGCACCACCCUCCUUUUAAAGCUUCCAGUUAGUUAUUCUAACUCAAUCAGCAUGACAGAGUGAUCUCCAGCCUUGUCCUCGUCAACACUCUCACCUGUGUUAACGAGAGAAUCACUGACAUGAUGUCAGCUGGUCCUUUUGUGGCAGGGCUGAAAUGCAGUGGAAAUGUUUUUGGGGGAUUAAGUUCAUUUUCGUGGCAAAGAGGGACUUUCCAAUGAAUUGCAACUCAUCUGAUCACUCUUCAUAACAUUCUGGAGUAUGUGCAAAUUGCCAUCAUAAAAACUGAGGCAGCAGACUUUGUGAAAAUUAAUAUUUGUGUCAUUCUUAAAACUUUUGACCACGACUGUAUGGUCGACCGAAUGUAUUAAUGUACUGUAUUAUCAUUGUGUCAUACCAAAAGCAAACAUUGCCCUACAAUAGUAAAGGUUCUAGUACUUUUCUUUUUCAAUAGACCUGACAAGACACAGGAUUGCUGUACAGUGCUGCUGAUAACAAAUUACAGCAAAGUUGUGGGUUACAUCCUCAUUCAUCUACCCAUCCCCUCACUCUUUCGCUCUUCCUCUCCCUGUCCUCUAUUAUUCUCUCUCUACCCCCUCCCUCUUUAUCCCCCUAAUCCUUGUACCCCCUCUUUUUCUGUCCCUCUCCCCCAUUCAGGGAGAAGGCUUGUCUGGCGACAGACUCCGAGCUGGACCAGGACCUCAGUGAGCUGCUGGGCCUGGGGAGCAGUGACACCCUCACCAAUGGUAACCGUGCCAACGGGGAGGCCGCUAAGCGCCUGGCCAAACGCCUCUUCACCCUGGACGGCUUCAGGAAGUCCGACGUGGCCCGCCACCUCAGCAAAAAGUGAGCACCUGGCACCUAGCCUUCAUGUGUUAUCAAUCCCUCUCUCUACUAUGUGCUGCUAUACAUUGUCUAUGCUAUAUAUAGCGCAUAUACUGCUAUACUAAGCCUGGUCUGGACCUUGUCUGAAACCUCUGUCUUCCUCCGCGGCCCUAAGUUUUCGUCUCCAAGACUCAAACCGACUGUGCUGUGUGACUGGGAAAGCUUGUAUCUGAUUAACAUGUUACUCUCUCUCUCUCUCUCUCGCCCCAGCAAUGACUUCAGUCGUAUGGUUGCAGAAGAGUAUCUACACUUCUUUAACUUCAAGGGUCUUACUGUGGACCAGGCUCUGAGGUGAGGGGUUCAGACUGAGUGACUUGUUCAACUAGAAAAACAAACAUGUUUUCCAUAAAUUGGUUCUUGACACCAAUGACUGGAUUUCUAGACAUUACAUUGUUUUGGAUAAGUUGCCUUAAAUGGGAUGCUGGACUUCAUUUUGUGUUCCAUUCAUUCUGUCACUAAGUUGAAUGCACCAAUUUGUAAGUCGCUCUGGAUAAGAGCGUCUGCUAAAUGAUGUAAAUGUAAAUGAAGUUAGUAGAUGGUAAUACUGCUCUCUGGUGGCAAGUUGAGUGAAGGCAGCUUAUUAUGCCACUAGUGUUUCUAGCCCAGAAAUAAAACUUCUAAAUCAAUUAAUCAAGAGCUUGGUGAUUAUUGAAGUAGUUGAAUGAGGUGAAUAAAUGCGUAAUGAGGUGCGUUACCGCUGGUCUGGAACCGACAAAUUGCCACCCUGAGGAUACUGGAUACUUGAUUGGGGUUGAGAAACAGUGUGCCCCUGCUUAAUGUGUGUGUAUGUGUGUUCCAGAGGCUUUCUCAGACAGUUUUCCCUGAUGGGGGAGACUCAGGAGAGGGAGCGGGUGCUGGCUCACUUCUCCAGGAGAUACCUGCACUGUAACCCCAAACUCAUACCCUCUGAGGGUAAGAGGACAGUAGUGACUAAUGUCUACUAUAGAAAUAUGACAGCUCAGUCGUCUUGUUAAUAGAUGCAGUGGUGUAAAGUACUUAAGUAAAAAUACUUAAGUCGUUUUUUGGGGUAUCUGUACUUUACUGUUUAUAUUUUUGACAACUUUUACUUCACUACAUUCCUAAGGAAAAUAAUGUACUUUUUACUCCAUACAUUUUCCCUGACAGCCAAAAGUACUUGUUAUAUUCUGAAUGCUUAGCAGGACUGUCACGCUGUAUACCGAUAGAAGAAAGGAAUAUGUAAUAGUUGUUUUUUUAUUACUCAACCCAACAUAAGGUAUGUCAUGGAAAACGACGUGGACAAAGCCCAAAACAAACACGUGUGUAUAUAUAUAACACAUGGCUGUAUCCCAAACGAAAGAGCGAGGUGUAAACCUUUAAAUAAUACACGGGACGAGACCCGUAAUAACAAGUGCACAAUUACUCGGCAUGUAAACUGUAAUACAAUGUACUCACGAGACCAACGGACAUGGGACACUAAUCGACAAGGACAGAGGGCACAUGUAUACACAUACUAAUCAGGGGGAAUGGGAACCAGGUGUGCGUAAUGAGACAAGACAGUCCGGGGUUGGUGGUAAUGAAUCAGGUCAGUGACGCCUAGAAGGCCGGUGACGUAGACCUCCGGAUCUGGUGAACGGAAUGAGGAGCAGUACCGGGGGGGAUCCGUGACAAGGACUGGAAAAUUGUCCAAUUCACACACUUAUCAAGAGAACAUCGCUGGUCAUCCCUACUGCCUUUGAUCUGGCGGACUCACUAAACACACAGGCUUCGUUUGUAAAUUAUGUCCGAGUGUUGGAGCGUGCCCCAGGCUAUCCGUAAAUUUAAAAAAAAUAUGAAAAUUGUGCCGUCUGGUUUGCUUAAUAUGAUCAAUUUGAAAUUAUUUAUACUUUUACUUUUGACACUUAAGUAUAUUUUUGCAAUUACAUUUACUUUUGACACUUAAGUAUAUUUGAAACCAAAUACUUUUAGACUUUAACUCAAGUAGUAUUUUACUGGGUGACUUUCACUUUUACUUGAGUCAUUUUCUACUAAGGUAUCAUUACUUUUAGUAUGAAAAUUGGGUACUUUUUCCACCACUGAAUAGAUAGAUAGAUACUGUAUGUUUCUUCCUUAUCCAGAUGGUGUCCAUACCUUGACCUGUGCCGUGAUGCUGCUAAACACAGACCUGCAUGGCCAUGUAAGUAGAGUUUAGUCUGUCUGUGUGUGUGUGUGUGUGUGUUAGGGUAUACAAAGUUCAGUGGGUUCAGCCUAGAGUAG